AUGGCCAAACAGUACGACGUGUUGUUCCGGCUGCUCAUGCUCGGAGACUCUGGGGUGGGGAAGACGUGCAUGUUGCGCAGGUUCACCGAGAGUGAGUUUGACCCGUCACACAUCUCCACCAUCGGCGUGGAUUUUAAGAUGAAAACACUAGAAAUAGAUGGACUCAAGGUGCGAGUACAGAUAUGGGACACGGCUGGUCAGGAGCGUUAUCAGACCAUUACCAAACAGUACUACAGACGAGCACAGGGUAUCAUCUUUGUGUACGACAUCACCAACCAGGCAGCCUUUCAGCACAUAGCCAAGUGGGCCAGCGAUGUGGACGAAUAUGCACCCAACCAGGUGCAGAGGAUCCUGGUGGGAAACAAGUGUGAUGAGGAGCUGAGGAGGCAGGUGACAACGGAACAAGGAAGCAAGCUUGCAGAAACCUAUGAGAUGGAAUUCUUUGAAACCAGUGCUUCCACCAGCAAUAACAUCACAGAGUCCUUCACUCGUCUGACGGAGCUGGUGUUGCAGGCUCACAAGAGAGACACGGACCACUUGUUGUCCUCCCUGGACGAUUAUCUAGAGAAGGUCGCUAUGGAGGACGAGGGGAGUAAAGAUACUGACGAAAAAGUUCAGAGGAGUUGUGCCUGUUAGCAAAAACCGCCAUAGCUGAUCCCUUAAGACACCUGUCCCCUAUUGUGACUUGACUU